AUGUCAAGACGAGAAAGUUCUGCUCCGAUUCGUUCAUUCAUUAUACUAUCGUUUAUAAUCAUUUAUAGUCAUUGUGUCAAUAAUCCUGUAGUAGGCAAUGGUAAAGUUUUUGUUAACUUUCACUAUCAAUCCUAUUCAAAUACUUCUUUCCUUGGUCAAAUGUCGGUUCGGUCAAAUCUUUUUUGUAUUACCGCAUGCAUACAAAAUCCUAACUGUCGAACAUCAACAUUCGAUACCGCAAAUCGUAACUGUUUGCUGUACACAGAAUUUACAGCACUUGGCCAACUUAUUCCGAAUAAUGGCAUGGUAACUUUUCAAAGUCGAAAUCCACGGAAUUGUUUUAAUUGGGCGACUGAAUAUGAUACUGAUCAUCCGUGGGGCGAUUUGGAUAACAUGAAUGGAAUAAAUAAAACACAAUGUUUUCGAUGGUGUGAAAUGACAGUCAAUUGUGUUGGCGCUGCAAUUCGUUUAGCUUCUGGUUCUAAUUCGACCGGGCACUGCUAUAUUAAAGAAAACAUUCAAUUUUACUAUCUAGUUCCUGUAGCUAACCUUGUGACUUGGUAUUGUAGUUAA